UUCCCUGUUCGGAGCGGUUCGGCCGGCGGCAGUCGGUUCGCGAGCUGUCAGCGCGGGCGCGAGCGCGCGGGGCGCGGGGUGGGCGCGGCCGAGCGGGUCCCCGAGCCGGUCCCCAGCCCGGCCCGCGACCCCGGGCCUCCAGCGCCGCCCGCUCCGGCCUCGGAGGCCCGCGCCGCCCGCCCGCCGCGCCCCGCACUCGCCCGCUCGCUCUCCUCCUCUCGCUCUCCGGCCAGUCGGGCGGGUCCCCGAGACCCUGUAGGGUCGAGGCUGGUGGCAGGCGGGCGGUCAGGCCCGGGCCGCGGCCUCCUCGCCAUGUCCUUAGCCCGCGACGCCAGCAGCCGCUUCCCGCUGCACCUUUUGGUCUGGAACAACGACUACCGGCAGCUGGAGAAGGAGCUGCGGGGCCAGAAUGCAGAGGCCCUGGACCCACGGGGUCGGACGUUAUUGCAUCUUGCGGUUUCUUUGGGACAUUUGGAAUCUGCUCGAGUCUUGCUGCGACAUAAAGCAGAUGUGACCAAAGAAAAUGGCCAGGGAUGGACAGUUUUACAUGAAGCAGUGAGCACGGGUGACCCCGAGAUGGUGUACACAGUCCUGCAGCACCGAGACUACCACAACACAUCCAUGGCCCUCGAAGGUGUACCUGAGCUGCUACACAAAAUUCUUGAGGCCCCGGAUUUCUAUGUGCAGAUGAAAUGGGAGUUCACCAGCUGGGUGCCCUUGGUUUCUAGAAUAUGCCCCAAUGAUGUCUGUCGCAUCUGGAAGAGUGGUGCGAAGCUGCGCGUGGACAUCACUCUGCUGGGGUUUGAAAACAUGAGCUGGAUAAGAGGGAGACGAAGUUUCAUAUUUAAGGGAGGAGACAACUGGGCAGAGCUGAUGGAAGUCAACCACGAUGACAGAGUGGUCACCACUGAACACUUUGAUCUUUCCCAAGAAAUGGAGCGCCUCACCCUGGACCUCAUGAAGCCAAAAAGCAGGGAGGUUGAACGGCGGCUCACAAGCCCAGUCAUCAACACCAGCCUUGACACUAAAAAUAUCGCCUUUGAAAGAACUAAAUCCGGAUUCUGGGGCUGGAGGACAGAUAAAGCAGAAGUUGUUAAUGGUUACGAAGCAAAGGUUUACACAGUAAACAAUGUGAGUGUGAUAACCAAAAUACGGACAGAACACCUGACGGAGGAGGAAAAGAAGAGAUAUAAAGAGGACCGGAAUCCACUGGAGUCUCUGCUGGGAACUGUGGAACAUCAGUUUGGUGCUCAAGGGCAGGACCUCACCACAGAGUGUGCCACCGUAAAUAACCCCACGGCCAUCACACCCGAUGAGUACUUUGAUGAAGACUUUGAUCUGAAAGACAGGGACAUUGGAAGGCCAAAAGAGCUGACGAUUAGAACACAAAAGUUUAAAGCUACACUGUGGAUGUGCGAAGAGUUCCCUCUCUCCCUUGUGGAGCAGGUCAUUCCUAUCAUUGACCUCAUGGCUCGAACCAGUGCUCAUUUUGCAAGACUGAGAGAUUUUAUCAAAUUGGACUUUCCUCCUGGAUUCCCUGUCAAAAUAGAAAUCCCCUUGUUUCACGUUUUGAACGCACGGAUUACAUUUGGAAAUGUUAAUGGCUGUAGCACUGCUGAAGAGAGUCACAAUGUGGAGGGGAUCCAGGCCGGCACAGCUUCCGAGGUCACAAACUUCGAGGUUGAUCAGUCUGUGUUUGAAAUCCCUGAAUCCUAUCAUGUUCAAGACAACGGCAGGAACGUGCAUCUCCAAGAUGAGGACUAUGAGAUAAUGCAGUUUGCCAUCCAGCAGAGCCUGUUGGAGUCCAGCAGGAGCCAGGAACUUUCAGGACCAGCUUCAAAUGGAGGGAUCAGCCCCACCCACAGCUAUGAAGCCCAGUAUGAAAGGGCCAUCCAGGAGAGCCUUCUAACCACCAUGGAAGGCUCGUGCCCAGGUGCCCUCAGUGAGUCGAGCCGUUUUGAUAGUGACCUGCAGCUGGCCAUGGAACUAUCUGCCAAAGAGCUGGCGGAACAGGAACUAAGGCUCCAGGAGGAAGAGGCCGAACUCCAGCAAGUCUUACGGCUGUCACUCACUGAGAAGUAGACAUUUCUGUCCAGGGGCUGCACAGAGUAGAGGCUCUGGGCUGCAUGGGGGUGCUUCGUCAGCUGCGACCCUACAGCAGAGGCCUACACUUCCUGCAGGCAGCAGCUGCCCUUCCUUUAUGCAAAGGUGCAGGACCAGGGACUCCCCAGAGUGGAGGAGGGCAGCACUGGUAGGCCCCAUCUCCAGGCUGAGGGAGGAGAGUAUCAUCACCUUCCAUUAGCUGUCCUGGCCUGCAGGUCACAUUUUUACUACCAGCUUUAGACGGCGACACCAAGCCCUGCAGGUUAAGUAGAUACAUCUUCAUCAGAAGUGAUAACACACAUCACUGCAGAGUCAGGGUGCUUUUCUACAGGAGAGCAGCAGCCUUUGUAGAGUGUUCACCAAAGAAACGGGUUCUGCUGACCUCUUUAUUCCCUUCCUAUAGGGUCCCUAGACAUUGCCAUUACACCUCCCCAUCUCUACCUUGUCUAUGCCCUUUACCUCCCCCCGCUAGGAGGAUAUGUACAGGAUCUAUUUUAGAUUAUGGCUAACUAUUUGCAUCAAAUUAAGAUAUACAAAUGACCACGGAUAUUGCCUUAGCCUUAAAAAUUACUAAUAGUUUAACCCACCUCACUCCACACACUGAGGACCUGAUUGGAAUCCAUAAGGGCAGUUCCUUUGGGAGCAGCAUCCUCCAGGCUAAACCGAAGGCAGCUAAUCCUGUCCUUGGAGGAGCAGCUAGAGGAAUCCAUGGCUGGCUCUCAAAGCACGCAAGCUGACCAAACCAUGGGAACAGCAGAGAAUCUAGCUACUGUGCAUUCCGUGCCUGCUCCAGUGAAGGUUUUCCAGCCUGGGGAGAGCCAACUGCAUGAGCUAGCUUCAUUAGAGAAGGCAGGGUGGCACUGAAGCCGGGAGAGAGCUAACCUGGAGUAGAGGCUCUUCAUCCAAAAGGGAAAAGUGACAACUCCAUAUUGCUUUUUAGAGUUCAAAUCAACAUCUUUCUGGAUAAAUAUAUUUUUUAACAGAAUGUUUUUAUUAUUUUUAAGAGAUAUAAAAAAUGACUACUCCCAUCAGUAGCAAUACAAGGUUAUGCAUUUUAACCAGAUUUUCUCAGGCCUUUUUUGGAUACCUUUAGUAGUUAACUAUUUUGUCUAACCCUCCUGUAAAUACCUAUUGCAUAACAGACCGACCCCUGGGGAAUGCAGCCAAGGGCACCUUGCACCCCUCACCUGGUGCAGGCAUUAACCCCACAGACUGCGCUAAUCAUAUGCUAACAGUACCUUCCUCUGUUCUGAGCCUGUUCCCUGUUAUGCUUCUGUUGGGAUAGGAAGAGAGAGUCCACCAUUCUCAAGAAUGUCUGUUUGAUACAGUCAAUGUUGCCAGUAAAAUGUUCUUAGUCAAAAAGAGUUGUGAUUUUUAAUUUCUCAUGGCACCUACCUUUUGUGAUGGUCUAACCAAAUUCCUGCCCUGUACAGAAGAUGAGGGUGGACAUCACAUUUGCUUUCUGCUCAGCUUGGCAGCUGUUUACUUGGCAUUUGCCAGUAGACACUGUGGGAAUGGCUGCACUGGGGCCAUGUUUACUCACUAAGGUGAAUCCUAGGUUUGCAUUCCAUUGCUCUGCUUUCUGAAGUCUGUGCUUGUGCCCCUAGGAAGUCACUUAAAAAGGGACUGAGCACUGCAUUACCAUGUUGCAGCUUUCCCCAUGUGUUCUGUCUUAAAAUGCAAAUAAAUAAGCUUCCACAGA